CAAAACGCGACGCCGUGCUUCCACAGCAAACCACGGCUACUGGGUCACGCAGUGUUCAUACUCAUGUGGACGAGUAUACGCAUCGCCUGCGCUGUGCUUUUCCUGGCGGGAAACGCUGACUUCGUCCUCUCGACGGGAGGAAAUAAUACGAACUCCUGCCUGAGGCUUCUGCUCGACGUGGACCCCGGCGUAGACGACGCCCUUGCAAUCACGCUGGCGGCGGCACUCCCGAACGUGAGAAUCGAAGCCAUCACCGUGGUCGCCGGAAACGCCGAACUCGAGACCGCCUACAACAACACGCUCAGGAUACUGAAUGUCGUCAACCGAACGGAGGUGCCGGUUUUCAAAGGGGCCGACCGAUCGAUCGAUGGCUAUGGGAGCACUGAGAAGAUAUACUUCGGUCCCGACAACUUCGGAAACGUCAGUGCGCAGUACCCGAUGUCUAGCAACCCAGAUAUUUGUUCCCAGACUGGCUACGCCAAAAUGAUCGAAAUUGUGAAGGCGAACCCAGGACAACUAACGUUCAUCCUCAUGGGCCCUUUGACAAACAUGGCCAUCGCGCUGCUCAUGGAUCCCGAAUUUUCUACGGGCAUCCGGCACGUAUUCAUCCUGGGUGGAACCCUUUAUGCGAAAGGCAAUGUCCGUUCUUCUGCGGAAUUCAACUUUUUCACGGAUCCUGAGGCAGCGCUUAUUGUUCUUCAAAGGACCACAUGUCCCAUCACUAUUAUUCCUUGGGAAGCAAUCCUCCAGGCACCAAUGCCGUGGGACACCUUCUACAGCAUCACGAACCAGACGGGCACGCUUCAGAAAUUUCUGCGGGACAUCACGAAUCACACUGUUCAGUGCUGCCUGAGCGGAGGCCAGAGUCCGGGCGGCUUCAGCCUGGGAGACUUCCUCGCUGUUCUCGCAGCAGCGGUCCCCGAGAGCGUCAACCAGACUGUGCAGAAUCGCGUGGACGUUGAGAGGUGCGGCAUGCACACCAGAGGCACACUUGUCCACGCGUGGGCGCCCCAGACCCUACCACACGUGAAGCGCAACGUGACGAUCGUGGAAAGCUUCAACGUCGGCACUGUCGAAAACUUCUUCAUUGCCACUUUCAACCGAACCGUAGUGUAA